AUGGCCUCAGAGGAAAAAGCCACCGGCAUUUCCUCUGGCGUGGACACCGGCAUCGACCUGGGCAAGAUCAAACAUGUUGACCCCACCAUUGAGAAACAUGCACACGACGCCGAUGAGGCCCUGAAGGCCUUGGGCGAUCUUCAGGGUGAAACUAUCGAGCUGGAUGAGGCUACGAAUCGCCGCUUGUUGAGCAUUAUUGAUUGGCAUAUGAUGCCCAUCAUGUGCUUUAUCUAUGGCAUGAAUUAUUUGGAUAAAACCACUCUCUCGUAUGCCAGUGUUAUGGGUCUUAAGAAGGAUCUGGAUCUUGAGGGAGACCAGUAUCAGUGGCUCGGGAGUUUGUUCUACUUUGGUUAUCUCGCCUGGGAAUACCCGACCAACCGCCUCCUCCAGCGCCUCCCACUAGGAAAAUACUCUGCAGCCUGCAUCUUGAUAUGGGGAGUGAUUCUCAGCUGUUUUGCCGCUGUCAACAAUUACUCCGGGGCUAUCGCUAUCCGCUUUAUGCUCGGUGUAUUCGAAGCAGCUGUGACACCAGGCUUUGCACUUCUAACUUCCCAGUGGUACACAAAAAAAGAACAAGGCAGCCGCGUCAACAUCUGGUUCAGCUUCAACGGCGUGGGCCAGAUCUUCGGCGGAGUAGUCGCGUAUGGCAUCGCCGUCGGUGCCGAGAAACACGGGUCCUCCAUCGAUCCAUGGAAGAUUGUUUUCCUCGUCACUGGCCUCCUCACCAUCUGUCUGGGACUGGUAUUUCUCUGGAUUGUACCAGACAAUCAACUCAAUGCACGGUGGUUAAAUGAAGAAGAUCGAAUUUUGGCUGUUGCCCGUGUGCGGGUUAACCAGCAGGGCAUUGGAAAUAAGCACUUCAAGCUAUAUCAGGUCAAGGAGGCGCUUUUGGAUCCGAUGACCUGGGCUUUCUUCUUUUAUGCUUUGAUUGCUGAUAUUCCGAAUGGGGGUAUUUCCAAUUUCUUUAGUCAGCUGAUUACAAGUUUCGGAUACAACGAGAAAGAGAGUCUAAUUCUGGGUGUCCCCGGCGGCGCAGUGGAAAUCGUCGCAUUAUUGCUUAACGGCUAUGUCGGACAUAUCACCGGACAGCGCAUCCUCGCCAGUUUGGGUGGGCUGGUCGCUGCAAUCGUGGGAAUGCUGCUCAUUGUCGCCCUGCCCCUAUCAAACAACGUCGGUCGUUUGAUUGGCUACUAUCUCACACAAGCCAGUCCGACACCUUUUGUGGCAUUGCUGUCGCUGAUUUCUUCCAACGUUGCGGGAUAUACUAAAAAGACGACUGUGGCGGCUUUGUAUCUGAUUGGAUAUUGUGUUGGAAAUAUUAUCGGCCCACAAACCUUCCGUCCGAAGGAUGCCCCCCGCUAUGUCCCCGCCGAGGUGACAGUUAUCGUCUGCUGGGGUGUGUGUCUGUUCCUGCUUGUCGGGGUCUGGAUGUGGUAUCGCCGUGAGAACCAGAAAAAGAUUCUUUUUACUGCUCGACCAGAGUAUGUGAGACUAGAGAAUCAAGAGUUCCUUGAUUUGACAGAUCGGGAGAACCCCGAGUUCCUUUAUUCUCUUUAAAUUAUAAAGUUGAAGACUAUUAUGUAUGUAUGGACAAAUGUAUUGAGGUACUCC